AUGCCUCUUGAAAGCAGUGGCCAAGAUGGUGGGAUAUCACGAGAUGAAUUUCUACUAAUUCAGCAACAACUCCUCGAUCUUCGUCAGAAAAAUUACGAGCUCCAAGAAGAACUGAGACGAAAAAAUAAUGAUUUAGUGCAAACACAACAAAAUUCACAUCGUAAUGAAGCAUUGCAGUUCGCGAGCAAGCUUAUUCAUCGAGCUUCGACUUCAAAAAAGGAUGAAUCUGAGAUUGACAAUUUGCGAAGAAAAUUAGCAACUCAAGAGGAAGAAUUUAAACUUCAACAGUCCACGCUUUUUGAAGAAAUGAACAGAUUGUCAUCGGAAAAUGAGGAAUUAAGAAAUAGGCUUGAGUCUUUGACAGAGUCGCCCGAUAAGUUUAUAUCGGAAAACGAUGAGUUAAAAGAAAAACUCGUAAAAACUGAAGAAAAACUGAUACAAGUUGAAGCUGAACUAAAAACAAUGAGAGAGAGAGCAGAAGCAAGCGAGAAAUUAACAACUGGGCUUGAGGAUAUGAUGCUUGAUUAUCAAAAAAAAUCAGAAGAGGCACAAACUCUUCUUGAAUCAGCUAUCAAACAAGCUUCUACUUCAGAAGAAGAAUUGCGAAAAACAAAAGCUAAAUUAGACGAGAAGCAAGAUGUGUUAAUAGCGAAAGUUGCGAAUGAGUCAAAAGAAGGAGAAACAAACAAAAUUGAGCUCGAACGUCAGAUUCUUCUUCUCGAGACCAGAUAUCAAUUAGAGAUUGAUGAUCUCAAAAAGGAAUUUGAAAGCGAAAAGGAGAAACUCGUGCAGUCUGUCAAUUUAUUGGAAGAGAAGAUUAAAAGCCACGAAGUCGAGAAGAAAUUGGCGCUGAAAAAACAAGCGGCAGUCAUGAAGGAGCUUCAGAAAUCACUGAAAGAAGAGAAAAAACGAGCGGAUUCGUAUGAGAAAAAGAAUGAGGAAAAAUCUGGAUGGCACGUUGUACAGGAAUCCGAUGGAAAUAGCAGUCAUACGUUCGAUGGAAAUGAAAGUAUUAGCUCUCUAUCUGCAGUAGAAUCGGAAAAUGUCGAGUUGAUUAAUCGAUUGGCUACACUUCAACGAAUUCAUUCAGAAAAUGCUGAUCGCAUACUUCAACUCGAAUCAGAAAACAGUCGACUUCGAAGAGAAAAUCUCGAAAAAGGCGAACUAAUUGAACAUUGGAUCAAAGAAAAACCAAUAGCGAACAGUACUCAGACAAGUUCUCCGAGGCCCACAGAUACGACCGGAUUCCGUCGAUUAUUGAACACGUUGGGACCGGAUCAAGCUUCUCAGGACUUGAAAGAGAUGAACAAAAAACUACAACGGCUGCUAGAAGAAACUUUGUCGAAGAACAUCAUUCUUCAAAGAGAUAUUCAAACUUUGCUAGAAAGAACCGAAUCUUGA